AGUUCAACAAAAUUAGUGACAGAAGAAUUUAGCGAUGUCUAUCACAGAGACUUGUCAAAAUUCACUUGCACAGACAGUUGUUACUGAAAAAGAGCCUUCAAAAAAAAGUUCUAAGUUAGUUGAACUUAGAUCUGAAUUGAAUGAUGUUUGGAAAAACAAUACAACGUCUAUUGUUAGGAUAAUUCUAUUUUUUCUAUUAUCUGGCUAUUCUGUAUACCUUGGGUUUGCUAUAAAGCAUAGUUUGAGCGGUGCUAAACCGCUGAUCAUUUUGACGAGUAUUGCAGCAUUUUUUAUCAUUUAUAAUAUCAUAAGGGAUAAUUUCGGAGAUAAGAUAUAUGAAAAAGUUUUAAGACCGCCAGUUAAAACAAUUUCAAGAAACUGGAAGUGGCUUAAAUUUGUGAUAUUCCCUGCUUUGGCUAUUGGAGUUGUAUUUUUCUUAUCAUUUAGUGUGUUGAAAGAAAUUCGUCAACUGCAAUCAUUGUCAGGAAUAGUAGCUUUUAUUUUGGUGAUAUAUAUUUUCUCUGUCCAUCCUGAUAGAAUAUGUUGGCGUCCUGUUCUGUGGGGUUUUGGUCUGCAGUUUGCAAUGGGUGUUUUUGUGUUGAGAUGGAAAUCUGGAUAUGACGGUGUAAAGUGGUUGUCUGAUCAAAUAACAAAAUUUAUUGACUAUUCCAAUGAAGGUUCAACGGCUCUCUUUGGAGACCCAUUUUUGAUUUUACAUCCAUUUGUCAUGGUGGGUCUUCCUAUGAUAAUAUACCUUGGAGCUGUAAUGAGUAUUUUGUAUUUUAUGGGUGUCACUCAAAUUGUUGCUGGAAAGCUAGGUUGGUUAAUGCAAAAAACUAUGGGCACAACUGCGGUUGAAACAUUAAGUGUAGCAGCCAAUAUAUUUUUAAAUGGUAUGGACACCAUGUUGAUGUUAAGACCUUACUUGGUAAAGUUAACACGUUCUGAGUUUCAUUGCCUAAUGGUUGGAAAUUUAUCAACCGUUGCUGGAUUUGCUUUCGCUUUGUUUGUAUUAUUGGGAGCUCCGCCACAACAUUUAUUAUCAGCUGCAGUUAUGUCAGCCCCUGCAGCCAUUGCUAUAGCCAAGUUAAGCUUUCCAGAAACUGAGGAGAGCAUUACUAAAACACAACAGGAUGUUGAGGUUGAAAAACCAGCAGAAAGAAACGUAGCUGAAGCAGCUGCUAACGGAGCAGGAGUCGCUGGCCAAACAGUGGCGGCGGUAAUAUGUAAUAUGUUAGCUUUUAUUUCUAUGCUUGGAUUCGUUAAUGCUUCGCUUGGUUGGAUUGGAGAUAGAGUCGGCGUUGACGGUUUAAGUUUUCAGAAAAUAUGUUCCUAUCUCUUAUUCCCAGUGAGUCUUUUAAUCGGAAUCGAUAUUGAUGAUGCAAAAGAAGUAGCAUCUUUAUUAGGAUACAAGCUCUUCACAUCAGAAAUUUUAGCUUAUCAAGAAUUAGGCGAUUUGAUAUCAGCCAACAAAAUUAGCAGGCGAUCAGCAGCUAUAUCAACAUAUGCACUUUGUGGCUUUAGCGGAAUGUCUAAUCUAUUCAUAGCUGUUGGAGUUUGGAAUGUAGUGUGUCCAAGCAGAGUAACUGAAGUCACAAAACAAAUGUUCAGGGCUUUUAUAAAUGCAAAUGUUGCAUGUUUUAUGACAGCUUGUAUUGCCGGUUUACUCUAUAAUCCAGACUUUACUGAUCCACAAACCCCACCUAGUGUAUUAGGACAAUUAGUUGGAGACUUACUGAAUAUGAUUCCAACGUAUAAAGACUUGACAAACUUAAUUUCUUGA